ACAUAUCAACGUCAUCAACGUGCUGCCAGUUGUAUAUUCGAUCAGGGGAAGAAAUGGCUGCAAGGUUACUGCUCCGUUCGGCUAUCAAGGCCGCGACAACCUGUCGUGCCGCCCCGGUGCCUGCUCUUACCCGUGGUAUGGCUGCUGGAGGCAUCCCCACCGACGAGGAACAAGCCACUGGUCUGGAGAAGAUCGUUUUGAAUGCUGCAAAAAAGGGCGCAGACCCCUACAGCAUGCUGAAGCCCAAAGAGUAUGCUGGCUCCAAGGCUGACCCUCACCUGGUGCCCUCCAUCACCACCAAGAGGAUUGUGGGCUGUGUCUGUGAGGAGGACAACACAGCAGUGGUGUGGUUCUGGCUCCAUCAGGGCGAGGCUCAACGCUGUCCCUCCUGUGGUUCCCACUACAAACUGGUGCCCCAUGAGCUGCCCCACUGAAACCCACACAUCUUAUUACCAUUAUGUUCACUCUGAAAAUUCCAGCUCUUAGAAUAGGAUGAUGAGGGUUUGGACUGUGAAAUGGCAAUGCUCUUUCCGGAAGUGUGUGUCCUGGGAGGAAGAUAUUCUAAAUUAGGAUGUUGGUCUCCUGCUAUAACUCUGGAUUUCUUUCGUGAUGUUUAUUUAAAUUUCUUGCUGUCCAAUUCCACAUUUUAUCUUAAUCAGCUACUUGAUCCUCUAACCUGCUAACCUCAAUUUCAAUCUGUAGUUACAGUACCAGUUAUUGUUUAAAAGGGUACAGAAUACCUAGUGUGGGACGCAAUAUUCUUCAAACAAUUCCAUUCAACAGUGGUUUACGUUAUGUACUGUACAAUGGUGUGUGUGGUCCAGUUAUCACUCUUAUCAAACCAAUAAAGUCUUUCUCUCC